UCAACACCUUUGAGAACAGAAUGUUAAUGCUUGAUGGGAUGCCAGCAGUCAGAGUCAAAACAGAACUUUUGGAAUCUGAACAAGGGUCUCCAAACGUCCACAACUACCCCGAUAUGGAAGCUGUCCCCCUGUUACUAAAUAAUGUGAAAGGGGAGCCCCCGGAGGAUGCACUACCUGUAGAUCACUUCCAAACACAAACUGAGCCCGUGGACUUGUCUAUAAACAAAGCCAGGACGUCCCCUACCGCCGUUUCAUCCUCCCCCGUCUCCAUGACAGCGUCUGCCUCUUCACCGUCGUCUACUUCAACCUCUUCAUCCUCUUCCAGUCGUCCAGCCUCAUCCCCAACUGUUAUCACAUCAGUAUCUUCAGCAUCAUCUUCAUCAACAGUAUUAACUCCAGGACCUCUUGUUGCCUCGGCCUCUGGUGUGGGAGGCCAGCAGUUUUUGCACAUUAUCCAUCCCGUACCGCCUUCAAGUCCCAUGAAUUUACAGUCUAACAAACUGAGUCACGUUCACCGCAUCCCCGUGGUGGUACAGUCCGUGCCUGUUGUCUAUACAGCUGUCCGGUCGCCUGGAAACGUGAACAACACUAUUGUUGUGCCCCUCUUAGAGGAUGGGAGAAGCCAUGGCAAAGCACAAAUGGAGCCCCGAGGCCUAUCUCCCAGACAAAGUAAAAGUGACAGUGACGAUGAUGACCUGCCAAAUGUGACCUUAGAUAGCGUUAAUGAAACUGGAUCAACGGCCCUUUCCAUAGCCAGAGCAGUACAAGAGGUACAUCCAUCCCCAGUAUCAAGAGUCCGGGGAAAUCGAAUGAAUAACCAGAAGUUUGCUUGUUCAAUUUCACCAUUUAGUAUCGAGAGCACAAGGCGCCAGAGACGUUCCGAAUCCCCCGACUCCAGGAAACGGCGCAUCCACAGAUGUGAUUUUGAGGGAUGCAACAAAGUGUACACAAAAAGCUCUCACCUGAAGGCUCAUCGGAGGACACACACAGGAGAGAAACCCUACAAGUGCACCUGGGAAGGGUGCACCUGGAAGUUUGCCCGUUCAGAUGAACUGACGAGGCAUUACCGCAAACACACGGGAGUGAAGCCAUUCAAGUGUGCAGACUGUGACCGCAGCUUUUCUCGGUCCGAUCACCUGGCCUUGCACCGCCGGAGGCACAUGCUCGUGUGAAGCAGGCCCCUCGUCCAGCUGGGAGGAAGAGCUGGAUCUCUUAGUGGCAUCCAAUUCAGCAGGGCUGAAUCCCCUUCACAGUGUUAACGCCAAGGACAUCACCAUCCCACGAUGUCAGACACCAGAGCAGGAACCAGAACGUCCACUUCUCCUUUCCGACUGAAGGUAAUCCCCAUCACGACCACGCAAGAGACGUCUUCUUCACGCUGACCUGAGAGCUCAGCGCUACCCACGUUCCGGAAGAGCCAGGCAGUUGUUUUCCGAGUUGUUGUCCUCUGCCAUUGACAGAUGUUUGUAGCUUAUACAUUUUCCGAGCUGUCAGACAUUUGGUUAUCAAUAUCUUCUAGGUCAGCUACCACAAAUUGAUAGCUAGAGCUAUCGAUCUGAAUGAUUUUCCCAUCAUCC